GAGCGAUGGAGGGCGCAUUCCAGAUCAAGACCGGUCAUCUGCCUAAAUUUUCAGUUCAGCAGAUUGUAGACUGUUCUACCCGGUUAGGGAAUUACGGAUGCGAUGGCGGUUCGUAUAGCGCCACGGCAACUUAUGUGAAUCUCAAUGGGCUCGUGUCGGAUAAGGACUAUCCCUAUGCUAAUAAGGAACAGGCUUGCAACAGUGUGGUUCACGACUAUGACAAAGCAUGCCUCGAGGUAUCAACUAGGAGAAGGGUUGAUGACACACAGCUAGAUAUCCUUAUCCAGGAGCUACAAUUUGGCCCCAUUGCUAUCCAAAUAUUCACCGAUACUCCAGCGUUCGACAACUACCGAAGUGGAAUUCUAGAUAUUCCGAAUUGUAACGGUGAACCAGAUCAUGGCAUGCUGCUUGUUGGAUACGGUGUCGAUGGAGGGAAACC